CUCACUUGCAACCUGUUACUGGCGCCGAUCACAUCUCUUCUCUUGUUUCCUGGCAGCUGGCACCGAUGACAUCUCUUCUCAUGUAGGAAGUCCAACCCCACCUACUUCACCUGGUGCACCACCAAAAUGUCACGGCCUAACACGGCGGCUAGCCGCCAAGAGGCCGAAAUAAUGAGUAGUGCCUUUAGGCAAGCUGGGGUCGCGACGGACCCUGUGGAGAAAUUACGACUACUUUGUCUUUCAAGAGGAUCUAAUGGUAUCCUCGUACUCGGAAGAAUUUUCCGAAGAAUGGAUCACAAUCUCGAUCAUACGAUCGAUAUGGAGGAGUUCCGUGAAGGAAUGAGUGAAACUGGCUUACCUCUGAGCGAACAGCAGCUUUUGGCCCUCUUCAGCAGAUUUGACGCUGAUCAGAGUGGCCAAAUCAAUAUGGAUGAGUUUCUACUCGCCAUACGGCCACCGAUGAAUGCUGCUCGAGUCAAAUCAGUCAAAGACGCUUUUAACAAAAUGGACAGAACCGGAGAUGGAGUGAUUACCAUCGAAGACCUCCGAAAUGUAUACUCCGUCAGGAGUCACCCCAAAUUCCAGAGUGGUGAGGAAACCGAAGAACAAAUCCUCACCAAGUACCUGGAAAACUUCGAACGGGGAGGGGAUAUUGAUGGAAGGGUUACCCUGGAGGAAUUUAUGAACUACUACUCAGGGAUAAGUGCGUCCAUAGACAAUGACGCCUACUUCGACCUGAUGAUCCGCCAGGCUUUCAAAUUAUGAGUAAGGGCCCCGCAGCGGAGAAGGAAACGCUGCAAUAUCCUCUAAAUUGGAUGGCGACAUCAAACAAGCAUCACUAAAUCCACAAGUCGAUAGGAUUUUACUGCACAAUCACGUUUAAUCACAUUAACACUAGCCUAUUAAUCACAUGAAUGAUCGGACAUUCGCGAAUUGCCAACAAGUGCUGAAUAACAAAUACGUUUUUUUAUAUUCGUGAACAUAGUUAGGGCGUGAAAAAGGGUUGGACUACAUUUACCUCUUCACAAACUGCGAACAACAAAAUACGUAAUAGUUCAGUCAACAAGAUAUUAUAGAGGGGAACUUUUGGAACACAAUUUUUGACCCUGCAACUCGUUUAAGACCAGUCAGGGGGUAAACAUAUCAAAAUUCCUCACCCCUAGCCCAUGUGAUAAAGGGGUGGGGGUGGUUUGAAAGUUUCAUAGUUUGAUUUUUUUCAUAUAUCUCCAACAAUAUGAGUCUUUCGGAAAUUUCCAUCGUAUACAAAAUUGAAGCUGAAAGGCGCAUAUUGUUAGAGAUAUAUGUGAAAAACCAAAAUAUGGUAAAUUAAUAAGAACAAUAUGAAAACUUGUAGUACCCUUUAUUAUUUAAAAUAUUACAACGACUAGUUUCGACCAUAACUUGGGUCAUUUUCAAGUUGAAAUGUGGAAAAUAAAAAACAAGUUGAUACUAUUUAAUAUGAACAUAUGCUUUUUUCAUAUGAUUUCUUUAUUUUUUUGAUUGAAGUUAUUAAAUUUGAUAGAAUUGAAUUUAUUUACUUUUAAUUUUAUCAAAAUAGGAUUAUUCAAGUCAAAUUGGUACCAAUUGACUUAUUUUUAUUGACAUAUUUUUACCAAAAUAUGGUACUUUGAAACCACCCCCGCCCCAUCACCACAUGAGGUGGGGGUUGGGACUUUAGUACUCAGGGGGAACUCAGGUAUAUUUACCCCCUGACUUGGAGCUGCAGGGUCAAAAAUUUUGUUCCAAACAUUUCCCAUUUUUUUUUUUUGACAUUCGAUGGCUGGACUAAUAUCAGUAGUAUCUUAAUAGUUCAGAAUGAUCAGACAUUCACACAUUUUCAACGAGUGCUUAAUUUAAAUACGUUUUUUUAUCUCAGUGAAUAAACAGUUGGGGCGUGAAUGAGUGUUGGACAAUAUUCACCUCUCCACAAACUGCGAAAAAUAAAUUACUCACAUUAACAAUAGCAUCGUAAUAGUUCUGAAUGAUCGGACAUUCACAAAUUUGCAACGAGUGCCUAAAAACCAAAUACUCUUUUAUAUUCGUGAACAUACAGUUGGGAAGUGAAAAGGAAUAGACUAGAUACACCUCUCCACAAACUGCGAAAAAUAAAUUACUCACAUUAACAAUAGCAUCGUAAUAGUUCUGGAUGAUCGGACAUUCACAAAUUUUCAACAGUGCUUAAUUCAAAUACUUUUUUUUAUCUUAGUAAAUAAACAGUUGGGGCGUGAAUGAGUGUUGGACAAUAUUCACCUCUCCACAAACUGCGAAAAAUAAAUUACUCACAUUAACAAUAGCAUCGUAAUAGUUCUGAAUGAUCGGACAUUCACAAAUUUGCAACGAGUGCCU